AUGGCGCUGAACGUGGAGUUUAACCACCAGUCCAAGCGGGUGAAGGUCACCCCCGGCACGACGAUGUUCCAAGUGCUAGCAGAGGCGCGGGAGCACUUCCGCCUGAGCGACUCGCGCCAGUUCGAGCUCCUGCACCGCUCCAGGACCAUCGACCUGUCCAUCCCCUUCCGUCUCACGGGCAUCUCCAACAACGCGUCCGUGGAGCUCAAGGAGCUGGAGGGGGCGGCCGAGGUGCAGCAAGUGCGCGUGUGCGUGCAGUUGCGCGACGGCAAGCGCGUCCAGGCCUCGUUCGGGAGCGACGCCACGAUCGAGCGGAUCUUGACGUUCUUCAAGCUGCUUCCAACCCAAGAGCAGUUCUCUCUGGGCUUCCUGCGGCGAGAAAUCGAGCUUCAAUCAUUCGCAACGACCACGCUGCAAGAGUUGGGAAUUCUGAGUGGGUCAGCCAUGUUCCGAGUUCAGUCUGCUGAUGGACAAGCUACUUCAGCUCCCACGACCCAGAACGCUUCUAUGUCUUCACCGAAGCCACAUGUGCCAUUUGCGUCCACGACAAAGGCGACGCCGCCUUCACCUCCUGCUGCUGCUGCUGCUGCAGUUGUUGCUCCUACCGCCGAGGUGCCGCCUGUCCAGGAUGAGGACGUUGAAAUGAAAGAAGACGCGGACGAAGAAAAGGAGGUCAGAACAGGUGGAGAAGCCGCUAUGAGCAGUUUCGAUGCGUUGCAACUUCUGCGAGACGGCAGCUUUGAUGCGGUCUCCCGCACGGCUAUCACCACGUUGAUGAAGAUCGUCACAAACAUCCUGUCGGACCCAGAAAAUGAAAAGAUUCGCUCCAUCCGACUGUCGAAUGCUGCAUUCCAUCGUUCGGUUGGGCAAGUUAAGGGCGGACUGGAAUUCUUGCAGUCCCUAGGAUUUGCAUUGGUGCCGGAAACGCAGACGAUCGUGCUCAGUCCUUCUCCACAAGACAAAGGCGUGUUGCAGGAGGGCCUGAGGCUGCUGAACGUUGAGGCAAAUGAUUUAAAUAUCGCGCCUGACACUCGCCCCACGGUUCGUGAGAAAAGAUCAGACCCCAGUUUCGACGUAUUCAAGACGCAGAUUACUCGUGUGCAGAUGCAACCCCGGGGACCGAGUACGACUGAAGUUCUUGUGGAUGCGCUAAAGACGAAGCAAGAUCAAUUGGUCGGCCAGGAAAAACCUCCUCGAAACACUACUUUGCUGAUCUCGAGCCUUAGAGGUCGGCGGGAGGAAAUGGAGAAAACGAAGAACUUUCGAACCCAGGCGAUGCGCGAACUCGAUGAGCUGAAGCGCAAAAAAGUAUUCCAGACGGCGUUAAUCCGUGUUCAAUUCCCGGAUCGAGCUGUCAUGCAGGCAUCUUUUCACCCGAAUGAAACGAUCCAAGACGUCAUGGACCAUGUGACGGAAUGCUUGGCCGAGCAGUUCAAGGGGGGCAAGUUCUAUCUCUAUGUCACGCCCCCUACCCAAAAGUUGGCACCUGCGAAGACGCUAGCAGAUCUAAACCUCGUACCGGCUGCUUUGACGUAUCUGUCGUGGUCGGAGAUGCCCCCUCAAGCCGAAGUGCCCAGCAUCGGCUUUUACUUCCGUAGUGACCUCGUAAGACUCCAAAUCGUGCCGAUCAGACCGAGUGGAAAGAAUGACUAA